UCCCAUCCCUCCCUCCUUCCCGCAGCACAGGACCACGAUGCGCUGCAGAGCAGCCGCUCAGGCUCCGGCAGCCUCAGCUGCCACCCUCUCAGCCCCUCCACGCUGAAACCUCCUGGGAAGGAGAGGAAGAGGAGGAGAGGAAGAAGAAGAGGAGAGGAAGAGGCUUUGCUGGACCCCCCCGGGCGCAGCAGGAGAGGGAUCAGCUCCAGGAGACUGAGAGCAGGGCUAGGCCAGAGGGAUGGAGCUGCAGCGCGGAAGGAAGAUGCCAUGGGGUCAGCUCUCCGCUCUCCUCCUCCUCCUCUUCCUCACCUUGGCCUGCUUCUGGCUGCCAGCUGAAGGGCGGAGGCCCCCCCGGCCACCUCCUUGCCCCCCCAGUUGCUCCUGCACCCGGGACACAGCCUUCUGUGUGGACUCCAAGGCCGUGCCCAGGAACCUGCCCCCCGAGGUCAUCUCGCUGACGCUGGUGAACGCAGCCUUCACCGAGAUCCGGGAGGCAGCCUUCGCCCACAUCCCCUCCCUGCAGUUCCUCCUCCUCAACUCCAACAAGUUCACCCUGCUGGGGGACAACUCCUUCGCUGGCCUCUCACACCUGCAGUACCUGUUCAUCGAGAACAAUGACAUCCAGGCCCUCUCCAAGGACACCUUCCGGGGCCUCAAGUCCCUGACCCACCUGUCCUUGGCCAACAACAACCUGCAGACGCUGCCACGGGACCUCUUCAAGCCCCUGGACAUCCUCAGCGACCUGGACCUCCGGGGCAACUCUCUGGCCUGCGACUGCAAGAUCAAGUGGUUGGUGGAGUGGCUGGAGAGCACCAACACCACCGUCCCUGCCACCUUCUGCAGCAGCCCCGGGCAGCUGGAGGGCACCCGGAUCCGGGACCUGGCACUGGGCGACUUCCAGUGCAUCACCACGGAUUUCGUGGUGCACCAGGUCCUGCCCUUCCAGUCGGUGUCGGCAGAGCCCUUCACCUAUGCCAGCGACCUGUACGUGGCCCUGGCACAGCCUGGCGCCAGCAGCUGCACCAUCCUCAAGUGGGACUACGUGGAGCGCAAGCUGCGGGACUUCGACCGCAUCCCUGCUCACUCGGCAGUGCACUGCAAGCCCAUCGUGGCCCAGGAGCAGCUGUACGUGGUGGUGGCUCAGCUCUUCGGGGGGUCCUACAUCUACCGCUGGGACACGGCCGUGGACAAGUUCAUCAAGAUACAGGACAUCGACAGCCAGAGGACUCGCAAGCCCAACGACGUGGAAGCCUUCCAGAUCGACGGGGACUGGUACUUCGUGAUCGCGGACAGCUCCAAGGCGGGCUCCACCAGCCUCUACCGCCUCAGCCAGAACGGCUUCUACUCCCACCAAGCCCUCCACCCCUGGCACCGCGACACCGACGUGGAGUACGUGGAGAACGAGGGCAAGCCGCGGCUGAUCAUCUCCAGCAGCUCCCAAGCCCCUCUCCUCUACCAGUGGAACCGAGCCCAGAAGCAGUUCGUGGCGCAGGGGGAGGUGGGGGACACGCUGGACGUGCAGAUGGUGAAGCACUUCAGGGCCAAGCGGGAGCAGUUCCUCUGCCUCAGCCGCUACAUCGGCGACUCCAAGGUGCUGCGCUGGGAAGGGCAGCAGCGCUUCGUGGAGGUGCAGGCGCUGCCCUCCCGCGGCUCCAUGGUGAUGCAGCCCUUCGCCGUGCGGCAGCGGCAGUACCUGGCCCUGGGCAGCGACUUCUCCUUCACCCACCUCUACCGCUGGGAAGAGGAGAAGCAGAAGUUCGUCAAGUUCCAGGAGCUGUCGGUGCAGGCGCCGCGGGCCUUCCGCUCCGUCCCCGCCGCCGACGUGCAGCUCCUGCUGGCGCCCAGCUUCAAAGCCAACACCGUGGUCUACCGCCACGUCGUGGUGGACCUCAGCCUUUAGCAGAGCCCGGGCUGCUCUCCGGGGUCUUGAUGGGGCUCUUGUCUCACCC